UAAUCGGUCUAACACACGUGUCGUCUUCGAUUUCAUCGUAAACAUCAACGGACUAAUACCAACCGUAUCGGAUGCCCUCACUAAAUCGCAUACGUGCUUUCUCAUAAUUACCUCUAUUGACUGCUUUUACAAUUGAUUUAUUAUCCGAUUUUCAUUUUAUAUUAUGUAGUGUAGAUGAGCCUCUGAAAUAGUCACUUGUUCCUCGUGAUCGAGUUCGCUACGAUCGUCACAUCCUAGUACCGUACCAUAUGUCAUUAGAGUAAAUGUCGUAUUGUGGGUGGAACUAUAUAAAGCGACUCCAACAUCCGCACGACUCAUUUCCUAAGAAGUGCAUAUACCGUGCGUUGAAUCAAGAAACAACUGAACGCACAGACACCCCGAUUAAUUCUACGAGGUAACCAGUUUUAUUUUAUACUACUUCUAAUUCUAUGACAACUAGUUAUUGUUUUUCUAAAGUUGAAAGGCAACAGAAACACGGAACAAUCAUGAAAUGUGCUCAGUAUUUGUACUUCUGCCUUGGUGUAGGUAUUAUGUACUCAUCAGCUUCUUCGACUCCGGUUACAAACGAGGUCGAGAUACAAGGUGUUAGCGUUGCCCUUUGUCCCGAAAGACAUUUUUGUUUUGGUGAAGACGGCUUCAACGACGAUCCAAAUUGCAAAUGUGAGCAACCGUGUUUGAAGGUUGGUACAUGUUGCCUUGACUACCUUCAGAAGCAUAACGCAAGCUUCGAUCAGUUUUUAGGAAUGCCACACACGUGCGUUAACACAUCGUCAAAACUUGCUUUCUACCUUGUGAACGUUUGCAACGAUACUUGGCACGAUUCUUCUAUCAAGUCCCUAUGUGAGGAAAAUGUAGGGGCCAGCGAUAUAUUGAGAAACCUCCCAGUGUCGGACCGUACUGAAGGGGUAGAUUACAAGAAUAUCUACUGCUCUAUGUGUAACUACGCUGAAAAAGAGGAAAUCGUCGCCUGGGAAACCAGACUAACUUGCGAUCAAACCUUAUCGAAUAUAACUACAUUUAAGAACAUUGGUACUCAGUGUUUGGUAGAAUACUAUUCACACCGAUCUAUACCGAUACCGUGCGACCGCAAUGUUAUCAGUUCAUGCCCCGACUCAUCUUCCACCUCCGAAGCUAAACACUGCGAAUCAUAUUCUGCUCGAGUAAAGCUCAACGGUACGACAUAUAAAAAUGCGCAUUGCGCGUCAUGCAAUAAUGUUGAAGUCAGAAGCCUCAAUUGUACGAAUGUCGAGACCGAGGAGAAAACGAUGAUUUUAAUUAGUGUUGGCCAACCUAAAUCACUGUCAAUUCUCUUCGAUUUUUCUGUAAGUGGCAAUGCUCAAGUAAGCAGAAGUGACUACACUGUACCGGAAAUACAUGGUUCGUGUAAUCCCAAUGAAAUAUAUAAUCCAUUUGAAGAAAAAUGCGUCGUUCUAUCAUGUGCCGACGGUAUGAUUUUCAUUGACGAUGAAUGCCGUCCCCUAAAGGCAGAAAAAAAUUUGAACACAUGUGAAACCUCUUCUUUGAUCGUUGAUUACAUCACAUCUGACAAUACGACGUCCGGAAUACAGUGUCUUGAAGAAACUUUAGAUAUACAUGACCUAGACUUUACAAAUGUGAAUGUUUCUCAAUGCAAUGGAGGCAAUUGUUACCACAUGAAUCUGCAGAUCUUGGACGUAAAUUCCUCUCUACCCGAAGAUUUAAAUAAAUUGUUUUAUAGGUCAUUUCUUGAGAAAGACUUAUUGGGUAGUCUGUGCAAUAUUUCCUCUAUAGAUGUGGUACACUUGUGCCGCAAUGUUCCUCGUGACACGUGCAAUUCUACCAUCAAUGAAAAUAAGGUUGCAAGUUCAUCAAAAUCGAUCUCUGGAUCAUAUGACAUUGAUUGGAGGUAUGGAUUCUGGUAUGACACAGAUAGACAGAUUUACAGCACGUCAUCAAAUGUCCGUACAUGUAAUUCCAACGUUAAUACAAAUCUGAAAUGCCCAUUCGUUAAAUACCCAUCUAAUGAAUUCCGCGAGCAAAGUAACAAAGCAGACCAUAUAGUCCAUAAGGUUUCUGGGAACAUUUAUGGCCCAGCUGAAUUUGAGAACUUGAACAAUGGAAGCAUUUUGGUGUGUCCCGAUCUGAACCCUACACCCGAAGCUGUUAAUAGCACGAACCCUGGUAGCACAAACAUGCAGAGCAUGUUAACUGUAGUAGGUACAGUUCUCUCGCUAGUAGCAUUAUUUUUAACGUUUAUGUGUUAUUGUUACUUUAGAACCCUACGGACACUGCCCGGUAAAUCCGUUAUGAACCUUGUCAUCGCGUUGUUUUUCUCAAUGUUUAUUUUUAUUGUCGGAUCUGCUCAAACACAACAUGUCACUCUAUGUACCAUUGUUGCUGUCUUGCUACAUUUCUUCUGGCUUGCAUCUUUCUUCUGGAUGAACGUUCUCGCAUUCGAUGUCCGUCGAACGUUUAACUAUAAUUGUAAUUUACCCAAUGCACAUCGCAAUCGUAGAACCCUGAUCGUGUAUGCUCUGUACGCCUGGGGUUCUCCAGCUAUCAUUGUUGGUACGUGCCUAGCUAUCAUAUAUUCACCAGUAGAAAUUGGUGUGUAUUAUGGCAACAGCGAAGUCUGUUUUCUUGGUAGUAAUACUGUGAAUCUCAUAGCUUUCGGAGGUCCAGUUGGCCUAACCUUAUCUUUGAAUGCGAUUUUCUUCUUUUUGACCGUCUCUUCGAUUAGGAAAACCAAGCAAGUAACGAAAGCAGUUCAGAAAAACAAAACGAAAACGAAAUCAAGGCUGACGGAACUGCUGAUAUAUAUUAAGCUAUCAACGCUGAUGGGUAUGUCUUGGAUACUCGGAUUCGUCGCAACAAUUACAAACUCUGAAGUCAUCUGGUACAUAUUCAUCGUCCUAAAUUCGUUACAAGGAGUCUUUGUUUUUAUAUUUUUCGUGUGCAAUCACCGGGUUUAUAAACUCAUUAGAAAGGGGAACGGUGAGCCUUCUUCAAAGACUAGAUCAACUGAUGCGAAACCUGGGCGACCAGACUACAGUGAUGUAAAGAAGAUGAGUACAACUUCGAAGUGACUGGCACACAGUGUUAUUAUAAUACAUAGCGAUACUGGCCUGGGCCUAUUAGGAUUUACUUUAAAAACUCUACUCCCAGGACACCAAUAAAUAUUUAUGCUAUGAAAAAAUAUAACAUAGUAUUAUAUAGAACAUUAUUCAUUUACUGUACAUUAAUGUCUAAUAAAGAAAUUUAAAUUCCGCUUGUAAUGAGUGAAUUUCAGAAUAAUUAAUAACACAGUUAUGAUUUCA